AUGAAUACAAACAUGAUCGAUCCCUCACUUUCUCCAUUAUCGGAUGAUGAAUACCAUUAUAGUGAUGUAGAAGAAGAAGAAGAGUAUCAAUAUUCUGAAGAAGAAGAAGAAGAUUCUCUUCCGGCUCAAUCUGAUACGUUUCUGGCUUCUACUAUCAAGAAACAACACACUGCGGACUCGUUAUCGCCAUUGGAUCAUACUUCAGCUUCAAAGAAAAAACGACUGAGUCCCAGUGGCUUAGGAGAUGCAGGAACGCGUCAUCAACAAGAUUAUCACGUGAUUGAUGAAGAAGAGUUACUUCAGGAACAAGAGGCACUCAUUUCGGAGAUUGCACAAGUAUUGGAGAUUUCAACGUCAGAAGCAUCAGUUUUACUGCGAUAUUUUAGCUGGAACAAGGAAAAACUAUUUGAAGGUUAUUAUGCAGACCCAGUGAGGACGAAACAGGAUGCUGGAGUCGAGUUUGCUGAUAAGAAAGCACCAAUUGUGCCAACAGGGACCAAGGUGGACUGUAACAUUUGUUGUGAUGAAUACUCAGCUAGUGAAGUCUUUGGCAUGGGUUGUGGACACGUGUACUGCCUCAAUUGUUGGAAACCAUAUCUGUCACUUAAGAUCCAAGAAGGGCCAAUUUGUGUAACAACAACGUGCCCUGCACAUGGCUGCAAAGAGGUGGUGAGCGAACUGAUCUUCAAGCAGAUUGUGAAUUCGGAGGACUUUCGCAAAUACGCACGCUACUUGCUGAGAUCGUUCGUGGACAUAAAUAAAGGUGUCAAGUGGUGUCCGUCACCAGGCUGCAGCAAGGCUAUCACUAGCGCCGGUGGAUUAUCGUCUGUGACGUGUACAUGUGGAUGCGUAUUUUGCCUCCGUUGUGGCGAGGAAGCCCACUCUCCUGUCACGUGCGAGCAGCUUGCGUCCUGGCAGGAAAAGUGUCGCAACGAGUCGGAAACCGCCAACUGGAUUCUGGCCAACACGAAAAAGUGUCCCAAGUGCUCUGUCCGCAUUGAAAAGAAUCAGGGCUGUAAUCACAUGACGUGCCGUAGUUGCAACUACGAGUUCUGCUGGAUUUGUAUAGAAGGAUGGGACAAGCAUGGAUCGGGGACGGGCGGAUUCUACAAAUGCAAUCGUUACGACGCAGACGCAGCGAGUGCUGACACAGAUGCGGCACGAGCGAAAGCAGAGCUUGACAGGUAUCUCCACUACUAUCAACGUUUUGCGAACCACUCGGAAGCUGGUAAGUUUGCGCAACGAAUGCGUGAAGGCACGGAGAGCCGCAUGAUUGAGCUGCAGGCUAGCCAUGGCGAUUCGUCGUGGAUCGACGUGCAGUUUCUUAACGCAGCUACGGAGCAGCUGAUUGAGUGUCGACGAGUGCUCAAGUACACAUACGUCUUUGGCUACUACCUGCCGGCCGGAAAGGAGAAGAACCUGUUUGAAUACCUGCAGGAAAAUUUGGAAAAGAACGCAGAACACCUGACAGGGCUUUCGGAGAUGUCGCUGGACAAGAUGAACCGCUCGGAAAUCAUCAACUAUACGCGUGUAACGGAGACCUUCCUACGCAACCUGCUCACAGGAGUCGAGGACGGUUUGACGUCUAGUGCACUUAUGAUGUAG